CUGAAGGUUGGACCGUUGCGUUUGUUCAACUCAACCCAGCCGGUGUCAACGUUAAAAGAAAAAAACGAAACGUUUCAACCAGUUUCAACCAAUUAGGGAGAAGUAGAGGGAAGCUACUCUGACAUCAGCUUGACUAAGUAAUAUAACAUUGCUUUAGCAAAGGGUGGCCAAAGACCAGGUGAGUGUAAUUAUUUGUAAUACAAAAAAGGUAUAUAAUAUAUACACUUAUUCAUAAUUCAGUUUUGGUAUUUAAUUACAUUUUAUAGCUAAACAUUAGCUAGCUUGAAAAAUUUUGUGGUGACCAGUUUCUCAUAAAUAACGGCACUAUUAUAAUAUAUUUAAAUAAUAAAUUAAGAUAAGGCUAAUAAUAAUAAUUAUAAACUUGCAUUGCUCAUUGCUGCAUGGCAUUUCAUUUAAUUUUCAUUUGACAUUGGGGAUGAUUUGCCAUCCCAGUGACACUGACUCAGUAUUCUCAUUAUGAUACUGAGUCAAGUGAGUACCGGUAUGCCAUUAAUGACAAAGCCGAUGCCAUCAAUUUCAUAGUCAAAUGUCGCUCAAAUGACAAAUAUGAAUAUGAUCAGUCAAUAUUAUAGUCUCUUACUUACUACUUACUAACUUCUCUUACUUACAGUUUACAGCAAUGAUAGACACUCAUAGUAAUUCUAGUAUUGGUAUGAGUUAGGUAAGAGUUUAUAAUAUAAAACUGCAUAUGGCGUAGUAUAGAAUAUAUGUUAUAUAGUUUGUAUUAGAAUAUUCAAUAAGGGAAAAUUAACACUUAUUCAGUUAUUCGUGGGUUAUUAAAAAAAUUGUGUUGUUCUGGUUUGAAGUGCUAUUUAAUUUCUUUUAUUGAUACGAUAAAGUUCUUUUAUUGAGCCAAAUAAAUGGAGAUUUUUUUUUAGGACAUUGUUGAUUGUAUAUAUUCAUUUUAACAAUUUAAAUAAAUAUAUAAAAGACAACUUUUCAAAGAGAAAUAUUUAAACAAUAUAAUAAUUUUUCAAGUAGAAAAUUUUAACAAUUUAAAAGUAUGAAAAGAAAAAAGUUUUUGAGUCGAUAUUAUCUCCACGAAAAUGAUUGCAGAGCAUAAACUCAUCUAAUGCAAUUAUGAUGAAGGGAAAAGAUCGCUGCUUGUGCCAAACUGUCUUUUCGGUUUACGCCAUGUGUGCGCAUCCACAUAUUUUUAGCAGUCUGUGUGUGGAACCCAGCAUCAUUUGGAUCAAAAAAGUUUUGUUGAUGAACCACAACAGAGUAUUUGUAGAUUUCAUGUUUGAUCUGAUUUAUGUUUGCAUAAGCCGCCCGUCUGUCCGAUAAAAUAAGUGAGCCUGGAAGGAUAUAUCUCUCUAUGCAUCCCUGUAACAGGAUCGCACAAUGAUCAUGCACUCACUCAGCACCCACUCUCUCUUUCUAUGUCACAAAAAACCCAGUGGCCAUCUCUCCACUUUACUAUUAAUGGGCAUCAAUAAAAGAAUAGCCAUUUAAAUAGCAAUUCAAAACGGAACAGCACUAUUUUUUUAAUAACCGAUGCUGAAGUGGUAGAUUACCAGUAUAAGUAUAGCCUGCCUAAUUUACAUAUGAGCAUACCUAUCUUGCACGCAUCUUAUACUAAGUGCAUUACAGGCUAAGUUAUCUCUGCAAACAGUUAUGAAUAACUAAACUAUAAUCCAUUCACACUAAUAAAAAAAAAAAUAUAUUAUCCAAAUAAUUUUGAAAUGCUUUUGUUGUUAUUUGUUUACAGUGAGCUUACUUUUGCAACACUUUCGUCUUUUGUUUUAUUUAAAUUAGCCAUUGUUAAACCUAUGCUAUAUUUAUUUUCUAUAAUUAGCCUCAGUAUCUCAGUUAUUUGCUAUACUCCCAAUGUCUAUGGCGUAUAAGUUAUCUAUAUAAAUUUAUGAUAAUGAGAAAUGGUGCUGGGCUCUCAGAGUGUCUUUUGGAACCUUGCACUUCACCUUUCUGAAUCAUCAUACAAUAUAAAAUUAUACAAAAAAAUAUGAGGGGGUCAUAGAAAAUUAGUGCCUUGACCAUAUCUGCAAGAUUCUUCCCAUAUUAGGUUACUUAUUCUGGUAUUGUGAGAUGAAUAACUUAUUUUAAAUUAAUCAUCACCUUAAUUAUAUUCUUAAUUUUCUUCUCAGACAUGCUAAAGAAAUUACACACAUACUUGCAAAGAAUCAAUUCUAAUCUCUUAAGAAUGUCAGAAAGCUUAUUAAAGCCCAUUUCCCUGGGGGUAAGUAUUUUUGGUUUGUGUUUCUAUAACUUAUGAUAUGACAGGUCUGAAAUGAUAAACUUAAUUAUUUAUUGCCAUAAUGUGAUUGGUCAUUUACAAAAGUUUAUUACCUGUAAUUUUGCAUAGAAGUAUUGUGAAUUCUAAUGUAACUGAUGUAACUUUCUUAAAAAUAAUUUGCAUCCAUUAUAAAUGAAAAAUACUAUUUAGUGUGGUUAAUUUAACUAUACAUGGUUUUGGGUCUUAAGUUGAUAGACUGUAAAACAAGAGCAUUUAUAAAUAUAUAUUAAUUAUGAUGGUAAAAAUAAUACAUUUUUGAAUUGGAGCUGACAUAACAUGAAAAAGAUGUAAUAUUUGUUAGCAUAAUUUUUUGUUGAUUUCCUCUGAAAUCUGCUUUAAUUGAAAUAUAUUUUAAAACUAAUUAUCAGCAGUCUUUACUAUUCUAUGUUUACUAUUCUAUGGAAAACCUUUAAAAACUACUAGAGGGUUGUUUUGUUGUUUUUUUUUUAAAAACCCGACAAAAUAAUGUUACCAACGUAACAUGACUUUAUAACUGAUGUAGCACGUCUGAUAACAAAAAAUUAAAAAUAAAACAACGAUGUCAAUUCUUUUAUAUAAUUAUAAUUACUUCACUAUAGCACUUAAAUAAACAUCAGUAACACUGUUUUAAUGCUUGUCCAUCAUGUGACAUUGACCAUGAAAAUAAAAAUUGUCUGUCUAUAUAUCUUAGAUGUAAACACAAAAAAAUUCAAAACAAUUUCUAUUAAAAUGUGCAGACAACAUCUUAUUAUUAUUAUUAAAGUAGUUUGAUAUAGCACUGUACCCCGCCAAGGGCUAGGAUCACCAUGCUUCACAUAAAAAUUAGCAACAAGAAAAAGAAGAAAAAAAUUUAUAAUUUUUGGAUGUUUUGUCCAAUUUUACAUGGAAUUCUCGAUAUGAAAAUAAAGAUACUCAUCAAUGUACAAUAAUCUUUUCUCCCUAUCUUAGAAAAGAUCAUUAGAAACUGAGGAUGAUAAAACAUUAAAGAAAAAGUCAAAGAAAAAGAAGACUCAUGUGGUAAGUUAUUGUCAGAAAAAUUAUUUGUUGGCAGUGGCAUAGUUCGGGAUAGUGUCACCCUUGGUGGGUCAAAUUUUUGCCAUUUCAAUAAUGAAAAAAAGUAUCAUCAUGUCCCAUGGACCGUUGGGUCGCCACAUUUGACAUGAAAACUAUCCUUCUCUAUUCCUCUCUGUUUUCUGCACUUCGCACAGCAUUGCCUAGUUUUAGUCCUAUCCAUUCUUUAAUAUUAUCUUCCCAUCUUUUUCUCAGUUAUUCUUCCUAGUUAUUUUCCUAGGAAAAUAGUUAUUGUAAAAUUUUUUUAAUUUUGAUUACUUAAAAUGUAAUAUUUUGUUUUUUUAAAUAAAGGUUUCUUUAGGUCCGUCAGAGGGAUGCAAAAGAAAAAUUGCUAUGCUUGUUGCUUAUAAUGGUUCAGGAUAUUAUGGUGUACAGAUGUGAGUAAUUUUUGGCCUUUUAAAUUUAAAGAGUUGAAAGUAAUAUUGAUUUUGGUGCAUAGUUUUAAAGGAAAUCCUGAUAUUGAAUUAAUGUGACCUAUCCCGUACUAAUAAAGAGUCAUCUUUGUUUUACUGAUUGUUUCAUUUUUUGCAUCCUACUUAUUCAUGUCACUAAACUAUUAAAAAAUUAAGAGCCUAAUUAAUAAAUAAUAUAUUGUGUAUAAAAAAUAUUACAAAAUAUUUUCUGCAAUUUGUGAAAUGAAUUCGCACUACAAUAGUGUAAAUAUAUAAGUAUGUAUACCUGGUACUUAUAAAUAAAAUAUGAAAUUAGUAAAACAAAAUAGAAUUAAACCUAAAAAAGGAACGCAAAAAACCAACGAACGUGUCGGCAGGAAGCCUUCGUCAGCGAAAAAACCCAGAAAAAACAGAAUAAAAUUAAAAAAUAGCACUUAGCUUAGAAGUAGUAUCCAAGAGGGCAGCAAAUGAAUUUUAUAUAUUUAUAAAUAAACUUUGUUAUAAUAAUGGUAAUCCUCUAAAUUUCUUUAUACCAAUAUUACAAUUGAAAUAAAUUCUCUAGAAAUUAGAUUUCAGCGUUCUACUUUACUGGUUUUUUUAUUAUUUUGUGGAAAAAUAAUUUUAAGUAUAAAAUAUUUCAAUAAUUUUGUGCAUUUUUUCCAGUGAUAUAAAUUGUAUUGUUUUUUGCUAUUAGAAAUCCUGGCUUCCCAACAAUUGAAAGUGAAUUCUUCCCAGCAUUGGUGAAGAUUGAUGCUAUUCCUCAGGACCAUGCUGAUACACCAUCAAAGAUGUGGUUUCAAAGAGGGUCUCGGACAGACAAAGGUGUAUCAGCUGCUGGUCAGAUUUUCUCCAUGAAGAUAAGUUAUUUAUAUGUUAAGAUAAUAAUAAUGAAACUGUGCAAUAAUAUUAUAAAUUAUUUUUUUUUAAAUUAAUUUAUUUUUUAAUGUGUUACUAGUGUUAGUUUUUCAUUUCUACUUGUUGCACCAAAUGUCUUAUAAAAUUUCAGUUUGACUUUUUACCCUCCAAGUUGUGUUAAAGAACGUUUAAAAGAAAUAAUGUCUGUUUUUUCCUAAUACGUAGUUCUGGUGCCGGAUUUAAUAGCAAAAUUGAAUGAAGUCCUACCGUCACAAAUAAGAGCCAUAGGUAAGUUGUGAGUUCUUUUGUUUUAAAAUUAAAAAUUGUUGCACCUGGCUGCACUUAUUGCAUUUAAAUGUAUAUUGCAUAUUGAUAUUUGAAAUGAAACAAUAUGUUUUUGACUUUUGUAAAACUGUUUAAAUAUUUCAUUUUCUCAACAUCUUUAUAAACUUUUAACACUGCCUAGGCUCUGAAUUGGGUUCCUAUAAAAAGUAAUAUAAUUUUUGUAAACGUACUAAAAUAAGACUAUAGCAUACACAUGAAAUUAGUUUUUUGUUAAUCAACUGAAUGCAAUAUUUUAAGUGGUUAAUUAUGAGUUUCAAAUCAUGUUAAAAACUGGAAUAAGUAUAAUUAUCAUAAUUAAAGAAUAAAUACUUAAUACUUAUACUUUAAUUAUCAGUUCAAACAGACAAUGUACUUUUUACUGCUUAAUUGGCCUUGAAACUGUCAAAACAAUUUAACAAAAAUUGUAAAAUGACACUUUACUCUACAGGGUAUGUUCGCACAACUAAUGGCUAUGAUUCAAAAAACUGGUGUGACAGUAGAACUUACAUGUAUAUGACCCCAACUUUUGCAUUUGCUCCAUUUGAAAAGGUUAGCAUAAGAAAUUAACAAAUUUAGUCCUCUUUAUUGGAAAUGAGUUGCUUGAAAACUUGCAAUAACUAUCCACAGGGCGGUGCAGAGGCAAAAGAGGGAAUCACUCAGUGUCUUGCUCGCAUGAGAGCCACCAAGUGCACAAUUUUUUGGGGUACAAAUAUGCUUCGUACGUCAUAUAAUUAUUUUUAAAUUUGUGGGGACCGAAAAUAUGCCUUUGCUCUGCACCCAAAAAUCCUCUGCAUGGCCCUGACUAUCCAGAUAAUUAAAAAUGCUUAAUUUAAUCUGAUUAUUCUAUUUUUUUUCAGUUUAUCACUGAUGAUUACAGAACCAGUCGUGAGUGAUCAAUUAUAAUUUAUAGUGAAAAAUAUUUAUUUAAUUUUAAUGCCGUUCUGGUUGUCUCUAAAGUGAAAUGUAUAUUUUUCAACAGCUUUAACAAAGUUUUACCUAUUUUACAAUUAUUUCUUAACAUCUUUCACCAUAUUUGAUGCAAAGUUCAAGCUUUGCAAGAUUCACAUGAGCCCGAUGCAGUAACUACACAUUUCCAUCAAAUUGAGCACAUUCCAUGUGUCUAGGGACAAACUUUUAUCAACAAGCUUGUUAAAUAUAUGUUUAUGGUUUUAAAAUGAUGUCAUUUUUUUCAUAUUUAUAUGUUUUCAUUCAUUCUCUCUUAAAAAUUGUUUUUCAGCUGAAAUAUUGGACAGAAUACAUGAAGUACUAUCAAGGUUCUUAGGGACACACAAGUUUCAUAAUUUUACAUCUGGAGUGUAAGUUUAAUACAAAAUUGUAAUAUUAAAAAAUGUAAGUUUUGAAUAUUUUCUAUGCCUAAUUGUAACAAUAAUAUAACUUACAAUUUUUAUGUAUAUUUAUUGCAUGACUGUAUUUUUAGUACUAGUGCUACAGAUUAUGUUGGUUUUUUUUCUCAGAAAAUUUGAACAAGCUUGUGCUUCAAGAUACAUCAUAAAAUUUGAGGUGAUACAACUAUUAUAACCCUCUCCUGUUUAAUGUACAGUGAAGCCCAUUCAUAGUUUCUUACAUGUGCCGCCUGCCCAACUCACCACAAGGGCUGUGUGAUGUUUAUGUUAGUUCUGGAACCCUGGUAUUAAACUACUAUGCACAUGACUGCUAAAGUUUACCGCUAUUUCUGCUAGGAGUUUGGCCUGGUUUUCAGAGGGCUGAGAAGUUUAUUAGGUAGAAUGUUUUGAAAAGAUACUGAAUCUCCUAGGAUUGAAAUGAAUCUGAAUCAGACUCUAAUUACUCUAAAUAUAAUACCAAUGUUGUUACCAUGUUGAGGGUGACAUUGAUGAUAGCAGGGAACUUGCAAAAUGUACUGCUGUUCAGCUUUGGAUAUUACUGACUAUUUAUUCUAUUUCAGGAUUGUUAAUUUUCAUGCAUUUAUAAUUUAUAAACCCUGUUUAAUAAAACAGAUAAAUGAUAAGUUUCCUAUAAGAUUAUGUCCCUUUACUUGACUGCUAAAGUUCGUUUUGCAGGAGUGAGAUAAAUACUUUAUGUGAUGCUUGUAUUUUUAUACAUAUUUAUUUUAUUCUAAAUUCUGUUUUAUUACUAAUUAAAUGUCUUUUAUUUUCAGUGCUCAGAGCCUUAUGUCAGAGACAACAUUGAAUUCAUUACACUUAGGGUGAAAGGACAAAGUUUUAUGCUACAUCAUAUCCGUAAAAUGAUAGGUAAGGUAGCAGUUUAUAAUACUGAUAGUACUUCUGGGGCCCCACGCUGCAGGCAACUUUAUUGCAUCUGUGCUUAUUUUUUUAGCUUUUGUAAUUGUCUUGGAGUUUUUUUUAUGCUUUCUUUGAAAUCAAAAAGUGGUGAAUGUGUUACAUGCUUUGGAUUAUUAAUUGUGUGUUGAUAUUGUGGAAUUUUCAGACAUCAUAGGCAUCGCCCACAUAUUCACACCAGCCAUCUUGAAAACAACGAAUCUGCCAUCUUCUGAACACAUGGGGGGAUCAAAACAAACAACCGAAGACAAGUCGACUACAGAUAUUAUGAUUAUCAAUUAUCUUGGAAAAAAGCAGAGAACUCUGUUCAAACAAAAAGCUCAGACUCUGUUUAAAAAUGUCAACAUAAAAGUUAAUCUGACCACCGGUACUGAAUGCCUGGGUACAGACCAAAUUUAGGAAACAUCAACAACAAAAUUUUAAAUACUUUCAAUUCUUAAAUUGAAAACAAUAUAUGCAGUGUAUUCAAAACAAAUUUCCAUUUAUUUGGAUGAAUAAAAGUAUCUUAUCUGAUUUAAGUUGUUUUUUUUACACAAUGAAAGGCCCAAAUAGCGGUACUGGAUGAUGAUGAUUUGUGCAAUAUUAAUUGGUCUCAAUCUUAAAUUAGAGUGUUCAGCUAGAUGUCAUUCAGGUGCUGCCAUGAAAAUAAUACCAAGUCACCAAGAGUCGAACACAAAAUGAAAAAUUUGAUGAUUCUUAAUCAUUGUUAGAUAAUUUUUUUAAUUGUAAUUCAGAAUUUAGAAUCAUAUCUAUCAGAAGAGAGGCUUUUAAACAUUAUGGAAACUAGUUGUAUGAUAUAUGUGACAUCCUUCCAUCUUCGCUACACAGCAGAGAAGCUAUGUACACUUCAUCAUAUGGUUUACCAGGCCGAUCCUCUAAUGGCAGCCUCUGCUGCAUUUCCCUCAGGAGAACCUUGACUCCUGGUUAGAUUUGGCUUUCCGUAUUGCUCUUUCUGUUGCAAGGGCUGUGUUUCCCGCACCUUCUGCCUAUUUUUACUCCUACAUACACUGCUGUUUGCCAGCUGGAAUGAUGCUCAGCGAUGUCCCCUUAGUUUUUUCAAUGUUGGCUUCUCUCGUGCUCCAUUUGUCUUUAAUUUAAUCGCAGCCAAGGCCUUCCAAUUAGCCUUGUCCCUUCUGUCAACUCUCCAUACAGCAGAUCCUUUGGAAUACGGCCUUAGGUUAUUUACCCAAACGUCUGUUCUUUAUUGAUGGAUCUGGCAGAAAUGGUAAAACAUUCCUUUACAACACAAUCAUGCACAAGCUGCGAAGUAAAAAUGAAGUGUGCAUUUACAGGAAUGGACGCAACUUAGCUUGAGGGAUCAAGUUACCCUUUCCAAUAAAUAAAUCAUCAAAAUUUAAUGUUUGACAUGGACUUAUAGGUCAAAUGAACUCAAAAAGGCCAAAGUGAUAAUAUGGGAUGAAGCUUCAAUGACCCCAGCACAUGGAGUAAAUGCAGUUGACACACUAUACCAGACCUGUUUACUCUUACGAUUUUGAGGUGUAUAGAUUGUAUAUACUGUAUGUUUAUUUUUUACUCUAAAUAUAACAUAUUGAACAAUUUUGUGAUGAUAUUGUACGAUUUUAAGAGUUUGAGUGUAAACAGGUCUGCAAUACAAUGAACUUGUAGCCAAAGGUCGAAAAGAUCCUUCUAAAAAAUCAUUUGAAUGUGCGAUCUUUCUUUUGUGGCGUAGAUUUUAGACAAAUUCUUCCUGUGGUUCCAUAUGGCAGCAGAACCAAAAUACUUCUUCUUCUAUAUCUUAAGGGCAUGAAGAAUAGUAACUGUUUUAAAAAUAUUCAGGUGCUAAAGCUAGACCAUAACAUGCGAGCCAGUGAGGACAAUGUCCUAUCAGAAAACCUUUUUCUUCAAGUCAAGGUAAAAGUCUUUGGAACUGACAAAUAAGCCAACUUAAAGAAAGACCGCAGAGUUUACACCAAGAAAUUUUCACCCGUUAAUUUAAACUUCAUAGCCAGUCAUUACUUUAUCAAUAUGUGCCAAUAAAAAUGCUCGCUACCCCGGUAUAGAACAGGUACUUAAGCUAGUAUGGUUAUAUUACAAUAUUGUGUAGAUAUUUGCUUAUCAUUUCUUGUCAAUCUCUAUUUUAAAGGCUUAACCAUUGCUAUCCUCCGAGGAUACUGUGGGGAAUCAACUAUAGAUGCUUGCUGGGGACCUGACAAGGUAAGUUUUUCCUUAAAUUUAAAAUCUGAACCUGGAAUUAUUUUUUCUUUAUCUCAAGUGUAACGGCAACAGUAUCUUCUUGUUGGUAACUAAGAUAAGAAAAAAGAGUGAUUUAUUUAGUUUUCACUAACAUUGAAUACUGUAUGGUAAUCUUUUUCCAGUGGACUUGAAAUGAUCUGUAAUGAAAUUAAUUUUGAACUAAAUAUUUCCAGGUUGAUAUUCCAAAAGCUCCAGGCCUUGGACUUGUGCUAGAGGAGGUAAAUUUGUAUUCAUUUGUUUUCGUCUGUUAAAUGCUAUUUUUGUUAUUAUAUUGUCAAACAUAGAUGCUAUUCAAAAUUCUUUGAAAUUUAAAUUAAUUAAAUUUGAAUAUAUGCUAUUAUAUUUACAGCUUCAUUUUGAUGGAUAUAACAAGAAAUUUGGAAAGGAUGGAGUUCAUGAUUGUAUAGACUGGUCACGCUAUAAGGUUGUUGAAUUUUCUAUUUAAGAGUCUAAAUUAAAUUUAGUGAACAUAUUUUAAGUUUCUCUCUCCAUAGGAAUUAUGAAAAGCAGACAGACAUAUACAGAAUAUGCUACUUAUUAGCCCUUUUUUAAGUUGUUCAUUACCAAUACAUUUUUGCCAGAAUCCAUUGUCCAUAUCCAGUCAUUAUUUAAUUAUUGUAUUCUUAUAGUUAGGGGUUUGAUUUUUAUUUUAACUAUAUAACCGUUACGCAAUGUUUUUGUUAUAGAGCUGCCGCCGGUACUUCGUUUUAAAAUAUCUAAAUAGUCAUAUAAGUCAGCUGAAAAAGUAUAUCUCCUUAAGAAUCUACUGGUAAUGAAUCAUUUCAUGAAAGGAGGAAAAAUAUUGAUUGCUUGCUUUUUUUUUUUUUUACAGGAUGAUAUAGAGAAGUUCAAAGAAGAACAAAUAAUAUCAACAAUAGUUGCUGAGGAGAAAACAAACAGAGUGUAUCCUUUAUGCAAUUUUCAUAAAAUUGUAUUGUUCUGGAUAGGUAUAAAUUAAAAGUUCUUUACAAAUAUUCUUCCUUAAUUUCUUCAUAUAGUAUGUUUAACUGGUUGCGGACAUUACAGUUUCACAAUUUUGGUCAACCAAGACCAGAUGCGCCAGAAAAGCCAUGGGGACACACAAUUAAAAUUUUAAAAGAGAAGGUAAAUGUUUAAUAAUUAUAUUACCCGUACUGGGUAUAUACCAUAUAUUUACUGGUAAGCUGAACUUAUAUUUUUUCAAUGCUAUAAAAAGUCAAGUGAAAUUUGAAAGUGUGAAGGCAUCCUAAAUAUUAGGGUGCACAGAUUAUUUAGGAGAUAGUAGGUCAUCGCCCAUUUGCAGACGUUUUGACAGAUUUAUCAGCUGCCUGAAGAUUUUAACUAUUACGGUAUUUUAAAUAGAAUAUUGCAUAGGUAAUGAGAUUUUUUUCAAAUUUUUACCAAAUUGGUUUGUCCACCACUAUAAGUAUGGUUCCACAUAUCUCUCCUCUCCAUUCAGAGCUGGUUUUUUUCUGUCUUUGAUAUAACCCACUCUUAGGUUUUUUUGGUUUUUUUUAAAUUUACCAACUGUUUAAUCUCCACAUAUAUAUCACAUGGUUCUAUUUACCAUUACCGGUACAGUAAGAAUUAAUGUAAACUCUGACAAUUACAGUAGGAGAGCUAGAACAGAAAUAAACAUGUUAACACUCAAGUGCAAUACAUUUAAAUUUGUUCUUUUCAUAAACUACAAUAUUUUAUUCUAUUAAUUUAUAAUACUGUCAAACUUUUUCAUUAAUGUAAAGAAUUUAGUGAAAAUAGCAACAUGGGCUUUUUGAAACAUUCACAUUUUUAAAAUCUGGGUUUUAUCAAGCUGCAAGCAUUUACUUAACACAUAAAGAUCCAAGUAAUUAUGUGACAAAAUAUUAUUAUUUUAAGGUAGGUAGCUUUCAUAAACUUCUUUGCAAACUUCUUUAACAAAUAACCAACAAAUUUAACAUAAAUUUAUAUACUGUACUUACUGAACAUUUCUUUUAGGCACAAGCAAAUGAUUUUUCACCAGACCUGUCAACAGAUUCAGAUGCACUGAGACAAACAAACCAAACAUCAGAGACUGGGCAAAUGAUUUUCACUGAUGAUGCCUUAAAUUUUAAAGAAAGGGAAAUCAUUUCUGCUCAGCCAUGUAUAACGGACACAAAUUCUGUACUGGUACACAAUGAGGUUUCGGACAAUGUUCCUGUCAGUGUUAGUGUUGAGCAGGAAAGCUCACAAGAUCUCAAGACUACUCUGCCAGUACCGGUAUCGGGAAAUACAGACAACGACCUAAUCAGAAUUUCCAAGACCCAGUGACAAUCUUAAUAUCUUUAGUCUAUGAACUUACCUAUCAAAGAAAAAAAAUAGUCUUCAGUCCUAGGACCAUCCAGCAAAUUUUAAGAAUACUGUACUGGUACUGGUACAAUUAUUGUUAUUUAAUUAAAUACUUCUCCUGUGCCUCUUUUAAUGUCCAUCAUAAUCAUUGUCAUGUACCGGUAUCAGGAAAUGCAGACAACAACCUAAUUUCCAAGACUCAUUGGCAUUCUUAAUACCGUACCUUUAGUCUAUGAACUUAUAUACAGAAGUAAAAGUAUUACAUAUUUGGAAGACCAUUAAUUAUUGUUAACAGUAUUUUAAUAUUUCUCCUGUGCACCUUUUAAAUGUCCAUCAUAGCCAUGCAAAAAAUAUUGUAAUAAAGAGAACAAUUUAACAACCCCUAAAACCUUUUUUGUAUAAAUCCUUUAUAAAAUGUAAUGUAGAGUUUUUUGGGUGGAGCUGAAAAUUUGACAAAACAUGCAUACAAGAAUACAAGUAUUGCACUUUAUAAGAAUCCCAAAUAGUGCUCCCUACCUCAAGGCUCGCAACGGCAUACUCUUUUAACACCCCCUGAACUAUAUUAAUAUUAUAAAAACCCUUCUGCUUUCACCGAGUAUUUCACUGAAAUUUCAGAAAAACAAAAGAAAAUAUUAUGCACCAAAUGCAUUUGCUAUAUAUUUUUUAAGAAUCCGAUUUAGUCAUUUAUCUGGAAUUUUCCAUCAUGUUCCCCUUGAAAAAACAGGAAUAACUCUUAAUUUGUGGGUUGG